AUGGCUACGGACGUCGCUGUCAACGGCCCCGAUGUCUCGAAGCUUGAGGCUCUGUUGCGCGACAACGAACGCACAACAAGAUCCCUAUAUGCCAGCACAACCCCCGACUCGGGGAGAAAGCGCAUCAAGCUUGACCCAGGCCUAGCCUCCGAAGACCCUGACAUCACCAAAUCUGCUCUCUCUCUUCGGCUCCAUGCAGAAUACGGCGACGUCCAGACCCUUCCCGAGGCCAUCGCGAAGAAGCUAUCUGCGGCCGGUCCGCGCAAGAAGAAGCCAAAGCCGGGCGUAGCAGAGGAUGAAGCACCAUCUAAGUCAGAGGAACACACGCGAAAGCUGAUCGAGGGCAUUCCCCAAGCUAAACCUUCCGCCGGCGCUGCUAGCUCCAAUGCCCUUGUCCUAGCACAUGGCAAGCCUUCGGCAGCUGGUGCUGGCGCUGCCCGGCCCCAACGUAAUGAGCCCCAGCAACUCAGCCUCGUCCGGCGAUCAGAAAGCUUGCUGGCGCAACCGCGACCCGAUUGGCAUCCUCCGUGGAAGCUCAUGCGCGUCAUCAGUGGCCACCUGGGCUGGGUUCGCGCGCUCGCCGUCGAGCCCAACAAUCAGUGGUUUGCCUCUGGUGCUGGCGAUCGUACCAUCAAGAUCUGGGAUCUGGCGUCUGGACAGCUGCGCUUGACGCUAACAGGGCAUAUUUCGACUGUGCGUGGGCUGGCUGUGUCGCCUAGGCAUCCAUACAUGUUCUCCUGCGGUGAGGACAAGAUGGUAAAAUGCUGGGAUUUGGAAACGAAUAAGGUGAUUCGCCACUACCACGGUCAUCUUUCUGGUGUCUAUACCCUCAAGCUGCAUCCCACCCUCGAUGUAUUGGUGACAGGCGGCCGCGACGGCGUAGCCCGGGUGUGGGACAUGCGAACGCGCAGCAACGUGCACGUCUUGUCUGGCCAUACAGGCACAGUCGCCGACUUGGUUUGCCAGGAGGCCGAUCCUCAGGUUAUAACCGGCAGCCUGGACUCGACAGUGCGCAUGUGGGACUUAGCUGCCGGCAAGACAAUGGGAGUCCUGACGCACCACAAAAAGGGUGUUCGCGCCCUGGUCACCCACCCGACCGAGUUUACCUUUGCCACGGCCAGUACGGGCAGCAUCAAGCAGUGGAAGUGCCCUGAGGGUGCUUUCAUGCAAAACUUCGAGGGUCAUAACGCUAUCAUCAACACGCUAGCCGUUAACGAUCAGAAUGUGCUAUUUUCUGGUGGUGAUAACGGAUCCAUGAGCUUCUGGGACUGGAAGUCGGGCUAUCGAUUCCAGAGCCUGGACACGACCGCGCAGCCAGGCUCGUUGGAUGCUGAGUUGGGCAUUAUGAGUUCGACAUUCGACAUGUCGGGCGCUCGGUUGAUCACUGGCGAAGCGGACAAGACGAUCAAAAUCUGGAAAGAGGAUACUACCGCCACGCCAGAAACACAUCCAAUUGAGUGGAAACCAUCGCUUGUACGGAGAAAGUAUUAA